CAUCACUUUGUGUCAAAGUCAAACCAACAACCAACACCAGUUUCGCAGGAAAUAUUGAAAACUUUCACUUUUAAUAGUUUAGUAUUAAAUUAAAUAAUUACAGAAAUAAAACAAAACAGAUAUAUUACACUAGUAAAAUAAACAGCUAUACUUUAAAAUGGAAGAAAGCACCACUGCCGAUGAAGCUAAAACUGUGCAGCUAUUAGCUAAAGGCAUUAUGGAGAUGUAUGAACCACCGUUGACGACCAUAAAUACUCAUUUAAAGGAAUUAACGGAAAAGCAAGAGGCUGUCCAAGGCAUGCUCACCUCAGAAAAGAGACGGCUAGAAGAUUUACAAAAUGAUGUUAUGCUUGAUGCAUUGUUGGCAGACAUUGCAACUAACAGGGAGAAACUUGUCACAAUAUCUAAUUCUAUGAUGUCCUUGCAUAAACGGGUGCAGUCAUUGCAGACCAGAGCAGCUAAUGUAGAAAAAGCAGCUAAAGUAAAGGCGGCCGCUAACAAACCAGCAGCUUCGAGUAGUUAGUGCCUAAAUAUAAGGAAUAGUGAUUGGAAAGAACUGAAUGAUUCUUGUUGUUUGUCGUUUGUGACGGUGAGUCUGACUUAAAACUAAAUGUCAAUAGACAAUCUAAUUAUAUUAAUGUAGUAAUUUUUGACUAGUUGAUACUUUCUUUAUAAUUGUUGUAUCGUUACGCCUUUUAUCCCUGAAGGGGUAGGCAGAGGUGCACAUUAUGGCAAAUUCUUUAUAAUUGUAUAAUAUUUAAAAUAUUUUUUCAAAUAAUAAUUACGUUAUACGGUGUACUUGUGUAGCUGUUCGACGAGGAACUCGAAUAGUUUUUCGACUAUUUAUGUCUGGUUUCAAACUCGUUAUAUGGUUAAUCUUGUUGUUGAUUUUUGUUUUUUAUGUAGUAUACUUAGUUUCAAUUACACUGUCUGUAGUACUUAGACCAAUAUUGAUGUGAAAUGAUUGUAUGCUAACUAUAAGGCUAGAACUACGGCUCCUCGCUUCCGCCGUCACACAAACAUACAUCCACAUACACACGCACUCGUGCACGCACGCACACACGCACGUACAUACUCAAGUGCUAUUCAGUGCGGUGAGUCUUACGUUUGUGAAAGUCUUACAUUUCUCAUUGAUGGUAACUUUGUUGGUCUAUUAAUAAUAUCUCUAUGCAUAAAACUGUCUUAUUCAAGGCUCUUUUCUAAAAAAGGAAUUAGUUUCGUGAAUGAUGAAAUAUGAUGUAGUAUAAUAUUCGAUGAAAAAUAUAAUUAAAACAAAGUCAUAUUGAAACUUUAUUUAUUUUAAACUUAAAUUACAUAAAUCGUAAGUUCUAUUUAAUAAUAAAUAUUAUAUUUUACUUAAACAUAUUGAUAACAAUUCUAUUUACUCGUUAUAAGGCUAGAGCCACUGGCAACUGAUAGUAGUUUAAAGAACAAAAUGUAGAUGGAGUUGCUUACGCUUGGCCCAUUUUCCAUUGAAAUAUUUUUAUGAAUAAUGUUGUACGUUUAUAAUAAAGACUUUAUAUGUAUAUUUAUUUUAUUGAUAGAUUUUAAUGUCAAACAUAUUAUUGGUAGCAAAUUAAGUUAAAAAGACCACAUUGUUUCAUAUAUCUGUCUAUUUCUAUCUUUCGAAAACUCCGUACAUUAAAGUGAGAUAUAAUAUUUACGAGCUUUGGUCUUGUUAAAGAAAAAUAAUGUUUAAUUGAUUGAUAUAAAGUAACAUUUCGUGAAACAACGUGGCCUAUCCAGCUUUUAGCAGCUUUAAAAUCUAUUAUAAUUAUGGUAGACAUUUUGGUGCACAGUAAACUAUUAAAAACAGCUUCUUACUAUGUACUUUGCUAUCGUUCCUUAUAACUUACAUUCCUAAAGCGUGGAUAUAUGAGGAACAUCUAUUGUAUAUUGUGUUUUUCUUAAAAAAAAAACUAUUUCAUACGUAUUGUGUAUAGAAAAAAUACUAUAUUUGUUGAAUUUAUCAAAAAACUGUAGUUUUUUUGUAAAUAAUUAAUGUUUUAUCAAUAAUUUUUACUAUGACAACUGAGAAGUGAGUUAUUGCCCUCUCAUAUCCACGCUCUAAAGAUCUAUCUAAAAAUAACGUAGAUAUAAAAACUGCUAUUUAAAAUAACGUUAUCGCUACUCUAACAGUUAUUGUCUAUAAGCAUAUAUUGAGAUGUUCAACUUAUUCUAAAAGUUUAAAUGUGCCUAAGACUAGUUAGAUUUCCUUAAGUAACUUAAAUAAACCACUUUAAAAUGGCAGUAAAGAUUCACAAAAAAUGAAUUACUGUACAAUAAAUAUGAAUAUAAUAAUAUGAAAAUAAAAGCAUUAUUUUUUUGGAUUUUCUUUUUUUUCGUUUUAUAUUUUGUGCUGGUAUUAAUAAGUGCAAGUCAAUUACGUGACAACACUGGCCCCACGGGGAUUUUGACACUCGAAUGUUGCCAUAGGAAAAAAAAUAUUAUUUUGCUACCAUUUCCUUCCUUUUUUUUCUUACGUUUUUACAAUCGAUAUGUGUUAAUACAAUAGUGACAACGCCUAUAGUCGUAAUAUUUAAGAUUAAUUAUAUAAAAAAAUAUAAUAUUAAUCUCUUAAUACCUAAUCGGUCGGAGAUCGUACACUAAAUAAUUUAAUCGCGGUCUUACAUGAUUUUAAUACAAGAUUUUGAUUAGCGAAAAUAAUGUCAACACUACCUUAUUAUACGCAAUGAAAAAUACUGAUCUUAUACACUGUUUAUUUAAAAUAAAAUACCAAAUAUUUCCAAAAUUACAUAAAAGUAAUC